UGCAAGUGGACAUGACGUUUGUCAUAAUUUUGCAAUUGUAAUUUAUAACCUAAAAAUUUAAAGUCAAGUAAAUAAUAAAUAACAUUUGUAAUGAAAAAUGGUAGUGUACGGUGUAUAUAUUGUUUCUAAAUCUGGAGGUUUAAUUUUCAAUCAUGACCACAAUGUUCCCAAAAUUGAAACAGAGAAAACAUUUUCUUUCCCCCUCGAUAUAAAGUUACAAUAUGAAAAUAAAAAGAUAGUCGUCGAAUUCGGACAGAGAGACGGGAUUCAUGUGGGACAUGUUUUGUAUGCUGUCAAUGGUAUUCCAGUUACGGGGAGACAACUAGAUGAUGGAAGAGAUGUUUUUGAAGUGCUGGCUAAUAAAGACAACUACCCCCUUAACUUAAAAUUUGGCAGACCCAAGAUGACAACAAAUGAAAAAAUUUUCCUUGCUAGUAUGUUUUAUCCACUAUUUGCAAUUGCGAGUCAGUUGAGCCCCGAGCCAAAGUCAUCUGGUAUAGAAGUACUAGAAGCAGAUACGUUUAAGUUGCAUUGUUUUCAAACUUUAACUGGUGUUAAAAUGAUGAUUGUUGCUGAUCGAAGUCAAGCUGGUGUGGAGAUUCUUCUGAAAAGGAUUUAUGAAAUCUAUGCAGAUUAUGCUUUAAAAAAUCCGUUUUAUUCUUUAGAGAUGCCUAUAAGAUGUGAAUUAUUUGAUCUCAAUUUAAAAAGUAUUUUAGAUCAAUUAGAGAAGUCAGGAAUUUCAAAUAUUUAACUUAGAUAAAGUUUGUAUUGUAUUUAAUAUAUCUACUUUUAAAUUAAAA